UUGGAGAGAGCUGGUGUGUUGUAUCUUCUCCUGCUUCCUGGAGCUGCUCUGAAUCCUGCAGGUCAAUCCCAGGCUUGGGAGAAGCAGACUUCAGCUGUGAAGAAAUGUCAUUCAGAUUCGGCCAACAUCUCAUCAAGCCCUCUGUGGUGUUUCUCAAGACGGAACUGUCCUUUGCCCUCGUGAACAGGAAACCUGUGGUACCAGGACAUGUCCUCGUGUGUCCCCUUCGGCCCGUGGAGCGCUUCCGAGACCUGCAUCCCGAUGAAGUGGCUGAUUUGUUUCAGGCAACCCAGAGAGUAGGGUCGGCGGUGGAGAAGCAUUUCCAGGGGACUUCCCUUACCUUUGCCAUGCAGGAUGGCCCCGAAGCCGGACAGACUGUGAAGCACGUCCAUGUUCAUGUUCUUCCCAGAAAGGCUGGAGACUUUCACAGGAAUGACAGCAUCUAUGAUGAGCUCCAGAAACAUGACAAAGAGGAGGAGGACGUCCCAGCCUUGUGGAGAUCGGAGGAGGACAUGGCAGCAGAAGCUGCAGCACUGCGGGCCUACUUCCAGUGACGCAGGCAAGAAAGUAACUCGCACAAAUCCCAAGGCGUAAGAAAAUGGGCCUCAUUCUCUAGGACUCGGCGGCAUUGGAGACGAAGCUAAGCAGACUUUAUUACAUCCUACGAUUCUGCAACCUUCUCAAAGCGUUUUAUUGCACUUGUGGAAGCCAUCAGGGUUACGUUACAAUCAGGAUGACUGACAGGCUACCUUCACAACAACAGCACCCACAGCACAUCUGCACAUCCCCGUCUAUGUGCUUGGAGUAGAGCCCUUUGUAAAUUGUGCCUUGGCCUGAAUGGAAAUAAAAUGGUAGUUAAAAUAUUUA